CUCCUCCUCCUCCACCCCCACAGCUGUUGCUAGCUGUCCCUAAUCCCACCCCCCAUGUGACCCUCUCUCUCUCUCUCUCCCCCUAUUCCUUUGGGAGUGUCUUUGAAUUGAAUUAUGAAAGUGAAAUUGAAAUUGAAACACAAAACUCUUUUCUUUCUUUCUUACAAAACCCCCAUCUUCUGCUCACUUCAGAAUCACCAAUUCUUACAUUACACCAACACUUAAUUGCUUACUUAAUUACAUUCUUUGGUUUGGGUUCGUGUGUUUGUGUCCUAAUUUUAUUUUCAAAUCCAAUUACAUGGCUCAAUUGCCCCCCAAAAUACCCUCUUUCCCUCAAAAUUGGCCUCUUUUUCCGCCGCCGCCGCCACCGCCGUCUUCUUCCUCCUCCGCCGCCCAACCCCACCACGGCUCCUCCUGGGUCGACGACUUUCUCGACUUCUCCACCGCCCGCCGCGGCCUCCACCGGCGAUCCAUCAGCGACUCCAUUGCCUUCCUCGAAACCCCAUUCUCCGACGAAUGCCGCAACUCCUCCGCCGCCGCCGUCUUGCAUGGUCCUCCUAAUUCCUUUGACCGCCUCGACGACGACCAGCUCAUGUCUAUGUUCUCCGACGACAUUUCCAUGGCGAUUCCGGCCUCCUCCAACCCCUCCUCCCCCUCCGACCAGAAUAGCAACAACGACGACGACAAGACGCUCCCGUCCUCCGAACCACCGUCGUCCGCCGCCCUCCACCACCCCAAGAAUGAACCCGGCGAGGUCCAAAGCUCGCAUUCUCAACCUCCCACGCCGCCCUCCUCCGCCGCCGCCGACUCCACCAUUGAUCCAAAGCGAGUUAAAAGAAUUUUGGCAAAUCGACAAUCAGCACAGAGAUCGAGAGUCAGAAAAUUACAAUACAUUUCUGAGCUCGAGAGAAGUGUAACGACAUUACAGACUGAAGUAUCAGCAUUGUCCCCAAGAGUUGCAUUUUUGGACCACCAGAGAUUGAUUCUAAACGUUGAUAACAGUGCUCUAAAGCAGAGGAUUGCAGCUUUGGCUCAAGAUAAGAUUUUUAAAGACGCUCAUCAAGAGGCAUUAAAGAAGGAAAUAGAGAGAUUAAGGCAAGUUUACCACCAGCAAAGCCUGAAGAAAAUGAGUGGACUGCCGGCGCAGCCGUGUUCAGGCGAAGGUCAUCCGCCGGAAGUGGGAGAAUCGCCGCCGCGGGCGGCUGAGACGGCGGAGAAGGAGGAGGCUGUAAGUUAACGGUGAAUUUGAUAAUGAAUGCUAACUCUGGACUUCUUCACGUGAUUUGCUUCCAAUCCCCACUUGGAUGUUUAUGUGGUGGGCCCAUUGACAGCUCGAGAAUCGACGGUCACCAUGCUGACACGUGGAUCAUUGAUUUAGGAGGGUGCUGAAAAAAAAAACUACUUGUUUUUUCUUUCUUUUUAAUUAUUUUAAUUUUUUUAACAAUGAAAAAAAAAAUUGUCUGGAUCUGUCUGUUGGGGUAAUGGGGAUGGUUUUUUUUUUUUCUUUCUUUUUACCUGUCUUUUUACAAGGUAGCAUUUCUAUUAAUUUUUAAUAAUUUUUUUGAAAAAGAUUGUUGGGUUUUUUUUUUUUUUUGGAAUUAAUGGGAGAAGGGUGGAUUUAUUAAUUGGAUUAAUUAAUGUAUUGAAGCAGAUGUUGUCAGGGAUUGGUGGUAUGAUUGAUUGAUUGAAUCUUUUUAUAUGCUUUUCUUC